UAUCAGGAAGAAAUUCUUUGCUGUGAGGGCGGUGAGCCCCCGGCCCAGGCUGCCCGGAGAGGCUGUGGCUGCCCCAUCUCAAUGGCCUCGGUCCCGCGUGGGAAAGCGGCGGCGCGGCCACGCCCCCGCCGCGAGAAGCCACGCCCCCGACGGCACCAGCCACGCCCCUCCCGGGCGCGGCCUGGCCCCGCCCCCGUCCCCCCGUGACGCCAUCACCGUGCGCCGGCGGCGGGGGCGCCCCUGGCGGCGGCGGGGCGAGCGGCGGCGGCGGCGAUGGCGGCCGCCUCGGUGUGGAAGGGGCUGGUGGGGCUCGGCCUCUUCGCCCUGGCACAUGCGGCUUUCUCGGCGGCGCAGCAUCGUUCUUACAUGAGAUUAACAGAAAAGGAAGAUGAAACGUUGCCCAUAGAUAUAGUUCUUCAGACUCUGUUAGCCUUUGCAGUUACCUGCUAUGGCAUAGUACAUAUCGCAGGAGAAUUUAAAGACAUGGAUGCCACUUCAGAACUAAAAAAUAAGACGUUUGACACAUUAAGGAACCAUCCAUCUUUUUAUGUAUUUAAUCAUCGUGGUAGAGUAUUGUUCCAGUCCCCAGACACAGUGAAUUCUUCUUCAAACCAAGAUGCUUUGUCAUCCAGCUCGUCACUGAAAUUUCGAAAACUUGAACCUCUGCGCCGCUAAGACUUUUACAGAUUAUAAUAAUAAUCCAGGACACUGAGAUGUAAGAUUCAAGUCGGGGAUGUAAACACUUUUUUAAUUUCUGGAGCAGUAUUUAUAUUGAUCUUCCAGACUUUAUAAAGUAUAUAUAUAUAUAUAAACUAAGGACCUUCUUUGUACACUGGUAAUGACUGAAUUGUGAAUUGGCAAUGCAGUGUAAAUUAUUCUACAGUUAUGCUGUGAAACACAUCUUCAAAUUUUCAUAUAUUAAACCCAGUUGCAGCUGACUUAACUUCAGUUAAAACGAAAAGCAAGCUAGUUUUUACCGCGGUUAAUGUUCUUUGACAAGAGGGAAUGUCCAAGUGCUAUUUAUUCUCUCGGUUUGCUUGCACUACAGUUAACGGAACUCCUUUGGAAAUACGGUGUGCACCGCAGCACUGAACAGCGGAGAAAGGGGCAGCGUCUCCUGGCCCUAGAACACCAAGGAGACCUGCAGGGUGUAGGCACGGCAAGUCAAAAAAGAUUUGCUUUCAUUUUUAUUUUUUUACAAUGCUGAAAAAUAGUUGCGUGAAGGGUUGUUUGGUUUGGUUUGGUUUUUCCACACACCGCCCCCCCCCCCAAGCUUUUCAUUAUGACAUUAUUUCCUUGUUGCCCUCUUUCGUUUAACUGUGCGGUGUUGCCCCAGGUUGCCUGGGAUGCGGCUGCGCGUUUGGGGUCUGCGUGGGGGGAGGCAGCCAAGCCUCAGCGGGGAGCUGCUCUCCCAGGCUCAGGCUGCUUACCCACCGGGUUUAUCUUCCUCCGGUCCUGGAUAGGGGAAAGGCUGAACGCACCAGAUACGAGUUCCCGAGAAGUAUUUAAGUAUCAUUAAGAAAUACCCAUUCUGUCGGUGGGCCGGGGGUAGGUCCAGCAGCGAGGGCUGUUUGCUGGCACCAGCAUCAGCCGGUCACGGUACAGCUACCCCCUUUUCUGCCAACAGAGCCUUUCAGUUUUGAUUUUUUUUUUUUUUUUCCAGCUGAGCCCUUUGUAAAUUUAAGAUUACUGUCUCGAUUUUAUGUAUUAGGACAGACGACACAGUCCUUAACUCUUACUGCCAUUCUCAACUCCCCUUAGGGGCUGAAUCAAUGCUAAAGUUUCUCUUGGUCUGGCAUUUCACCUCCCUGAUGUAGCCGAGGGAGGGUAGUUCAAGAUACUGAUGGGGCCAACCAGAAUUUUGCCUAGUAUGAGGAUGUCUCAGUGCCGCCGUGGAAACUCAGCCUUUUGUCCUGGCAUCUGCUUUUUCUUUUUUUUUUUUUUUCUUUUUUUUUUUUUUUAAACUGUUAAGAACUGUCAAAGGCAAAAAGCUUAGCAAAAAUACUGUGCAAACCGAAGCCUCUUUUUUUCUAGCUCUGCCCAUCCUAUGGAGCGGGUGCCCCAGUGCUAGAGCAAUAUCCAUAGCUGCUGCUCUACAAUCACUCUCAAGCAUCUGGGUUCGAUUAGAAAGGGUUACCCUGCCAGCUGAAAAGCGUCUGAGCUGCCGGAUUACUCCCUGAAGUGUCCUGGUUCCCCCCCUAGCUGGUGUCACAAAUCAGCUCCUGCCAGCUGCUGUCACCAAAGGCCUCAAAAAUAGUCUAAGUCAGCUCCCUAGUGCAGACCAAGCUCUUUCCUGGGGGAAGGGGCUGCUGUGCGGCAGGCGCUGCGUGGAGGAAAGGGCUGAACGUUGGCCAGGCGACCUUGCGAGGCGCAGAGGAGAGACAGAACUAGCGGAGGGAGGGCGAAGCCAGGCAGAGGGUCAGUAACCGCUCUCCCGGGCUGUGGCUGGCAGCGAGCCCUCGGCAGAGGGUCUCUGAGCGCAGGGCUGCUCACCCCGAACGUCUAAGAAGCCCCAUUUGUGCUACCCAUAAGGCUUCGUGGAGCUGCCCCAGGCGGAAGGCACCGCUGUGGGACAGGGCGAGCGGAGAAUGGCACCGGGUCCGGCUGGGAACACCCCGUCCCUCGGCUGCCUCGGGUCCCCUCGCGAGGAGUAGCCGUACUCUCCAGCAGCGAUGGUUAUAUCACAAAGCUGUACAAAUUAUUUUUUCUUAUUGAUCUCGCAA